AUGAAGUUUUCAACCUCAGCCAUCCUUCUCCCAAUCUUUCUCUCCACGGCUACAAAUGCCUGGGAACUCACUCUCUGGAAGAUUAAUGGCCAGCAUAUUACUACAAACGGCCACCUCCCCUCAGGAUGUGUGACAUUCAUCUAUGACAUGAGCUCACCCGUCAACCGGGCUGUAUUUAGUGAAGGUCUUAUUGUGAAUACUUUUGAGCUGUAUGAGGAAGAAAAUUGUGGAGGCAAGGUUAGCUACAGGGAUGGCCAGGGCGAGCAUUCGAUCAAACCGCCGAGGGUCAUUAAGAGUUAUAGAGCCUACUAG